AUGCCUCCUCCAUCUUUCAAGCUCCCCGCAUACUACACCGCUUUUUUCUUGUUCAUAGAACCCGUGAGCGCUCUUGUGGGAGCCUUUUAUGCCCACUUUAGACCUCUAGAGUACUUGCGUUUGACGCAUGCGAGUUCUGCUCCUGCAUAUGCGGCUACGAUUCCUCUAUCAACGUCUACCGUCCUAGAUCAACUCUCCAACUUGUACCUGCUGUUUGCUAUCAACGAGGCCUUGGUUCUCCGCUCGACUUCCGAUCUCCGAGUUUGGAGGACCGUGCUGCUCGGGUUGCUCAUUGCAGAUUUUGGGCAUCUUUAUUCCGUCCGGCAUCUAGGCACUGAUAUCUACUGGAAUGCCUUGAAGUGGAACAAGAUGGACUGGGGCAAUGUUGGGUUUGUGUAUGCAGGAGCAACGAUGAGAAUGCUCUUCUUGGCUGGUUUUGGAAUGAAUUCUGCGAGUGGAAAAAAAGCUGCUGUGAAAAAGACAGCGUAA